CUUCGGGCUCAAACACUCAGUGAAUAUCUCACCUGAAGCACUUCCGUGGAAAACUCGCACGCACACGACAUUUAAGCUUUUUCUCUACGCGAAGUGACUGUAAAUUUGUCAAGUGAUCUUUAUUUGAAGCGAGUGGUUUUCUCUGGAAAAAAAAGCGAGAACCUUUCGCAAAAAGCAGCAUUUGUGGCUUAGUGAGGGAAUAUGAGGUUUUCCUGGUGAUAUAAAUUCAGUACAAGACUCAGUAAAAGUUGAAGUGAUUCGCAUUUAUUGAUCAUUUCCGUGGCAAAGAUCUCUAUAGAGAUGAAGGAUCGUUUUAAAGUGUUUCGUGUGGGAGAGGAUUCUGAACCACCAUCUCAGAAUGGCACGUACAGGAAUGAGAGUCCAGAGGAGCCCAAAAGGAUAUCCGUUUGUGACAUGGACGGAAUCAGGAAGAAAAGUUUCGCCCAAUUGACCAGGGAGGCACUGCCCCGCCUUGACAAUUACCGGAUCUCCAAGAGGGCUCUCAAGAGGCCAUCGCUCGGUGAACUUCAUGGAGAGCUGGAGCAAAAGACGGAUGCGCCUGAUGAGGGAACUACUCCUGCCGCGGAGCACCACGGUAUCAAAUUGGGCUGGGUUCAGGGCGUCCUGAUUCCAUGCCUUCUCAACAUUUGGGGUGUGAUGCUCUUCUUGCGACUCACGUGGGUUGUGUCUUUGGCGGGAAUUGGACAGACAAUCCUCAUCAUCUGCAUCUCCUACUUUGUGUGUUUCGUCACGACACUCUCCUUAUCAGCGAUUAGUACUAAUGGUGAGGUGAAGGGUGGCGGAAUCUACUACAUCAUAUCUCGAUCACUGGGCCCAGAAUUCGGAGCAUCUGUGGGCAUUGUAUUUGCUUUUGCAAACGCUGUGGCUGCGUCUAUGAAUACUAUCGGUUUUUGCAGCUCCCUCAAUGACCUCCUGAGAUCUUAUGACAUGAAGAUCAUCGAUGGUGGGAACAAUGAUAUUCGCAUUGUUGGUGUUGUUGCUGUGCUCGUGAUGAUAAUAAUAUGCGCAGUGGGGAUGGACUGGGAAAGUAAGGCUCAAAACUUCCUGGUCAUUAUCAUCCUAGUUGCUAUUGUAAACUUCAUAAUCGGUAUUAUAAUUGGACCGAAAUCUGAUCAAGAAAUAGCUCAAGGAUUCGUUGGCAUGAGUACGUCUCUCUUCACUGAGAAUUGGGGACCAGAUUAUCGAUUUAGUGAAGGACUGGAUCAGAAUUUUUUCAGCGUCUUCGCUAUAUUCUUCCCCAGUGUGACGGGUAUUCAGGCAGGCGCCAAUAUAUCAGGCGAUCUCAAGGAUCCUGCCAAAUCGAUUCCCAAAGGAACCAUGACGGCUCUCUUAUUCUCUAUGAUAUCCUACCUGACCUUCGUAUUCUUUGCCGGAGCUGGUGGUCUUAGAGACGCUUCUGGUCUCAUUUCUGACAUCGGCCACAACGGAACUCUGGACUGUGUGGCGAAUCUGGUAAGUUUUCACAAAAAAAAAUUUGAUCUGAGAUUUGAAAAAUAUUUGUGUUUUCAGACUUGUCAAUGGGGACUUCAUAACUCUUACACCAUGAUGCAAGUUAUGUCAGCAUGGUGGCCUCUGAUUUAUGCUGGAUGUUUUGCAGCCACUCUUAGUACUGCCCUGACAAAUCUCCUGUCAGUUCCACGCCUAAUUCAAGCUCUAGGAAUCGAUAGAAUCUACCCAGGUCUGAUCUUCUUCUCCAAAGGCUAUGGACGACAUGGAGAACCAUACCGAGGCUACGUUCUCACGUUUAUUGUGUCAGCUAGUUUUCUUCUCAUUGCUGAACUGAAUCUCAUUGCUCCCCUGAUUUCUACCUUCUAUCUCGCUUCAUAUGCUCUUAUCAACUUCUGUACCUUCCAUGCAGCCCUUAUCAAGCCAUUGGGCUGGCGACCGACAUUCAGAUACUACAAUCAAUGGGUCAGUCUCUUUGGAUUCCUUCUCUGUGUGGCCAUAAUGUUCCUGAUUGGCUGGGUGUCUUCACUCAUAACGUUCGGUAUCAUCUUUGCCCUGUAUCUCUUGGUAGUCUACAGAAAGCCAGAUGUUAAUUGGGGCUCAUCUACGCAAGCUCAAACGUACAAAACUGCGCUUUCUUCAGCUCUUCGACUUCAAAGCAUUGGAGACCACGUGAAAAACUACCAUCCUCAGAUUCUCGUUUUAGCGGGAAAACCUCAGCAUCGACCGCCACUUAUUGAUCUAGCCAAUCUCAUUACCAAGCACAACUCCUUGAUGAUCGUUGGGGAGGUAAUUUCGCAAAAGAUGUCUUAUAAAUCCCGUAUGACUAAUAUAAAGGAGGGCCAAAAGUGGCUGAAGGCACGCAAGAUCAAAGCCUUCUACAAUGUUGUUGAGGGAUUCUCUCUUGAGGAGGGCGUGCGUGCGCUUAUUCAAGCCUCUGGCUUUGGGAAGUUAUCUCCCAACAUCCUUCUUAUGGGAUACAAGAGUGACUGGAAGACUUGUAAUCACGAUGAGUUGAUUUCUUACUUUACCGUUCUCCACAAUGCUUUUACAAAUCGUUUAUCUGUGGCAAUCCUGAGACUUCCGAAUGGAACGGAUUUCUCUCAUUUAAAUGUGGAUAUUCCCAAUACUCCACAUGGAGGACUCACAGCCAAUAGCAGUACAGCUAAUUUCAACAGUCUUGAUGGUAUUGUGACUGGAGAAUUGCUGGCUAUACGUCCUAACCGUUUCAUGCAUGCCGACUCCAAUCUCAAUCUCUCAGCUCUCGGGACGAGUACACAAAACUCCCUAACGAUUCCCAUGCCUCCUCCCAUGCCUAAUCAGAAAGCGUUGAGAGAGGCCAUGGCGAGAAAUGACAUCGUUUACUCAACGAGAGGAGGUUCCUGUGUGCCUAAAGACAUCCUUGACGCCAUGGGAGUGUUCCAGACAAAACAGGAGAACCGCACAAUUGAUGUCUGGUGGCUAUAUGAUGAUGGAGGUCUCACCAUGCUUCUGCCUUACAUCAUUUCUAGUCGCAAUUCCUGGGCAUCCAGCAAGAUCCGUGUCUUCGCCCUCACGAAUCGUCGUAUGGAAUUGGAACUGGAGGAGAGAAACAUGGCUAAUCUACUCAACAAGCUGCGAAUUGACUUCUCUUCUCUUACCAUGGUGGAAGGUGUCACUGAUCGGCCAAAAGACGAGACCAUUAGAAUGCAUGAGAAAAUUCUCAGUGGCUUCCUAGAGGGUCAGAGUCAAGGAGAAUGUGUCAUUACAGAGGGGGAGAGAUCUCGCCUGCAAGAGAAGACAUUCCGACAGUUGCGUCUUCGUGAAAUGGUUCAGCAGCACUCCAAGAACGCCUCUCUUGUAGUCAUGUCGUUGCCAAUGCCACGCCAAGAUACUGUAUCAGCUCCCAUGUACAUGUCUUGGCUGGAGAUCCUCACCAAGGAUAUGCCACCAUUGCUUCUUGUGCGCGGCAAUCAAACAUCCGUCCUCACGUUCUACUCCUAGUGCAUACAUGUAGCGUCGUAAAACAGCCAAAACAACACAAUUUGUCGAUUUCACAUUCAUGUUAAUUCUAGACUGAAUUCAAGAGAAUACAGAUGCUAUAGAUAAAUAAUUAA